AUGGUAAUGCUGUUCCUGGAGAAAUACGGCUACUUCAGCGAGCCGGGGGCCAGCACGCACAGCCCUGCCGAGUUCACGGAGGCGGUGAGGGACUUCCAGCGGGUCACCCACCUCCCGCUCAGCGGGGUCCUGGACGCCCCCACGCUCCAUCAGAUGGCUCUGCCGCGGUGUGGCACGGGCGACGGGGAGGGCCGCGCUGCCUGGGCACGCCAGGCAUCUGCCGCCCGGCGCCGCAGGCGCACCACGCAGCACGGCGGGAGGUGGUACAAGCGGCACCUGACCUACCGUGUGGUGAACUGGCCCUCCUACCUGCCGCAGCACGAGGUGCGCCUGGCCGUGAAAGCCGCCUUCGAGCUCUGGAGCAACGUGUCCUCAUUGGUGUUUUGGGAGGCGCGGGACGGCCCAGCCGACAUCCGCCUGACCUUCUUCCAUGGGGACCACAAUGAUGGGCUCAACAAUGCCUUUGAUGGACCAGGAGGUGCCCUGGCUCACGCCUUCUUCCCCCGGCGCGGAGAAGCCCACUUCGACAGUGCCGAGCGCUGGUCCCUGCGCAGUGGCAAAGGGCGCAACCUCUUCGUCGUGGUGGCACACGAGGUCGGCCACACGCUGGGGCUGGAACACUCCCCCAUCAAGAGCGCCCUGAUGUCUCCCUACUACAAGAAGCUCAGCAAGGAUUUUGUCCUCAGCUGGGAUGACAUCUUGGCCAUCCAGAACUUGUACGGGAAGCCCUCCAAGGGCUUGGCCGUCCAGCUCCCGGGAAAGGUCUUCACUCACUUCCAGGACUGGAACACGGACCUUUAUGGCGGGGACCGGCAGCAGAGGAGCCUCAGCGCCUAUUACUGCCACUCCUUCUUCGAUGCCAUAACCUCUGAUGCAGAUCACAACCUCUACAUCUUCAAGGGCAGCCACUACUGGGUGGCGGCGAGCGGCAAUGCCAGCGCCCCACGGCCCCUGCAGACGCGCUGGCCCGGCCUCCCCGCCGGCAUCGACGCCUGCACCUGGUCCCAGCUCAGCGGCAAGUUUUACUUCUUCAAAGGUGGCCGAUGCUGGCGCUACACAGGCUCCACCUUGGAGGCAGGUUUCCCCCAGAAAUGCAGCGCCCGUGGCCUCCCGCGGCACCCUGACACCGCGCUCUACUUCCAGCAGCUCCGGCGCCUGGUCCUCUUCAAAGGACCCAAAUACUUCGUGGUGAGCGAGGAGACCCUCGGCGUGGAGCCCUACUACCCCCGCAGCCUGCGGGACUGGGAGGGCUUGCCCCCUGGCACGGCGGGUGCCCUCACCCACCGCGAUGGCUUCGUCUACUUCUUUCGGGAUGACCAGUACUGGCAAUUCGACCGGGCGAAGCUGCAAGUGGUGGCCACCGGCAAAUGGGCCACCCAGCUGCCCUGGAUGGGCUGCUGGGAUGCAAACGACGUCCUGAUGUUCGAGACGGAGGACCUGGUGCUGAGGAAGAACGAGAAGAACUUCGUGCUGUGCCUGCUGGAGCUGGCGCGCCGCACCGCCCGCUUCGGCAUGCGCGCCCCGACCCUUGUGCAGAUGGAAGAGGAGAUCGAGGAGGAGCUCCGCCAGGAGCUGGACCUGCCACCCGCAGACACCCCCCUGCCCCGGCCCCCCAGGAAACCACGGGACCUCCACAACCUCGACCAGAUGGUCCAGAACCUGGUGGUCCGCUGUACCUGCCCCGUGCAGUUCCCCAUGGUCAAGAUAUCCGAAGGGAAAUACCGCGUGGGUGACUCCGACACCCUCAUCUUUGUCCGGAUCCUGCGGGAGCACAUCAUGGUGCGGGUCGGGGGUGGCUGGGACACGCUGGAGCACUACCUGGACAAGCACGACCCAUGCCGCUGCACCUCGCUCUGUACCAUCCCCCCCCGGUUUCCCUGCCUGUACCCGGCGGGUACCACCACCUACCCCCUCCUGAGCUUUUGGGAAAGUAGCUCUUUGUAG